AGCAGGUGGGAAAGUUCCCGUCAAUCAUGGACUACUAUCAACAUGACAUGUUCUCUCACAUAGAGAAGGACGACCACAGGAGGAGUUUCUCCCAAUACAACUUGUUGCACAACCAAUCAUCGCUAGAGGGAAAAGCACGAGACAGACUAAGCAAAGGGAAUCAAGUGGACAUGACGACAGGCGGCUGCGGCGGAGUGGUCCAGGCCGGCUCUAGAGACGUGUCCUUGGAGUCCCUGAACAAGCUGAACAGCAGUGGGCUGGGGCUGUACCGGAGACAGAGCAAAGGCCAAGUAGCGGUGACUGCUCCUGUUCCGCGAGGGGAGAGAGAGGAGGACUGCUGCAGCAGGGCUGACAACGAGCCUCGUCGUCCAGCUACCGGCUCCAACAAGCCCGGGAGGCGGAGCGUUGUCAUUUGGGAGAGGAUGUUGCUUCUAAUUUAUGGAACUUUGCUUGGAAUUUUCCUCAAAACAGGUUAUGCUCUCCAGAUCCAGUGUUACCAGUGUGAGGAGGUGAAAAACGAUGAAUGCUCCACGGCAGAGUUCAUCGUCAACUGCACUGUCAACGUGCAGGACAUGUGUCAGAAGGAGGUGCUGGUGAAGGAGGAUGGCAUAUUUUACCGCAAGUCCUGCGCCUCGUCCGGGGCAUGCCUCAUAUCCUCGUCAGGCUACCAGCAGUUCUGCACUGGAAGGAUCAACUCUGUGUGCAUCUCCUGCUGUAACACACCACUCUGCAAUGGGCCACGGAAGAAGAACCGCCCGGUCCCGUCGGCCGCCACCUCUUCAUUUUCCUCCCUUCUUUUUCUGCUGGUCUCCCUCACGCUGGUCUCCCUCUCUGACAUAGACCUAGAGGCGUCCACUUGUCCCGUCCCUCUACCUGAAGAUAACACUAGAGUAUUAUGA